UACACUGCAGCACUUUGAGGUUGUUUACUCAAUGUAAAGUGCUUUUUACAAAUAAAAUCUAUUAUUAUUAUUAUUAUUGUAACGUGGACCCCGACUUAAAUAAGUUGAAAAAUUUAUUCGGGUGUUACCAUUUAGUGGUCAAUUGUACGGUCAAUCAAUUAAUCAAUCAAAUACCGCUGACUGGAUAAAAUCUGUUUGCGGGCCUAAUGCGGCCCUCGGGCCGUACGUUUGACACCCCGCACUAGUGGUACACGUGCCACAGUCUGAGAAUGUCCGCACUAGACUUCCCAAGAUAAGAAGUGAGUAAUAAAAGACUCCAGGCUGGGUUGGUGCCAAAGUACCUUCAGGUGUGCACGUGUGCGGUUCUGAGAUCUUACCUGCUUUGCAGCGUGAUGGGCAGCUUCUCCGUGCUGCUGGUUUCCGUGCUGAGAUGGAGGCACCUGAAAGACCAGGUGCACCUCCUGGUCCAGCUGGCCCUGGCAGACCUUGUGGCUGCUCUCAUUCAGAUGUUUACUAGCGCCAUGAACAAAGUCAGCAGCGACAACAGCGUCACGAUCUGUCAGUACAGCCUGCCUCUGGCACUGACAUUUUACUUCAUCUCAUUUCUGCUGGUGGUGGUCUACGCAUGGAAGUCCACCGAGGCCAUCCGAGGAUGGAGAACAGCACCAGCGGAGGACGAGAGUCCUUGCAGAAGUCAACUAGUGGCCAUACCUGUGUACUUGCUGGUAUGGUUGAUCCCGACUGCGGUCUACUUGACGUACGUCUUCACUCCUUUCAUCAAAGCCACUUUAGUCAUUCCAGACCCUGACGCCUCUCUCAGCGUCAGGGUCCAGAAUGAUGCUAAAUACUGCACCAGUUGUAUUUUGUUCUUGCACGUCUGGAAGGAUUCCUGCUCAGAUACUGAGAUCAUCCAUGACACUUUUAUGCGAGUGUUUCUUGUCCUUGUGGUGAUUCCUGUGAUGCUGGUUUGCUCAGUUAUCUACUAUAAGGUCGGUCGCUGGUAUGAACGGCACAAACAGGAGGGUCUUUUUCCUGUGGAAGGAGAUGGACGCUCAGGCCGGAGAUGGAAAAGUGUCAUUUCCACGGCCAGGAGCAUGGUGAUGGUCAUCCUCUUCUGCUGGACCCCAGCCCUCCUGGUCAUCCUGCUGUCGACAUGGACUGCUGUUGACCAGCACAAGCUUUUUGCUGCGUACAUCAUACAGGCUGCCAGUGUGUCCCUGCAAGGCUUCCUCAACAGUCUGGUGUACGCAUGGAGGCGGCCCAACUUCACAGACGCUGUCCUGGGGGAGAACACCCCCCUGGUGGCCUACAAGCACAUGGCCUUCUUUGACCAAUCACUCAAAAGUUCUCCUUGAGCCUCGACAAAGAGAUUUUGCACGAAAAGACACUUUUAAGAUGAGUCGGCACAAAGGACUUUUCAACGAUGACAUGUAUUUAUGCUGCUCUUCAGUGAAGAACCAUUUGCACUUUCAAGCAACGACUUGACAUUUUUAAAGAAAGAAAACUUGGGGGACAUUAUAUUAGAAAAGGAAUAUUUAAGA